UUAUAAAUUAAUUAUAAUAUUUUAAAGAGCUGACUAAAAAAACACUGGACCAUUUUUGGUAUUGUGACCAUUUUUCAUCUGCAAAUAAAUGCUCUAAGCGACAAUAUUUGUGUUAGACAUUUGGCUGUUAUAUUUUCAGUAGUUUACAGAAUAAAACAAAAAUGUUAAUUUGACUGAAAUAUAUACCAGAAAUAGCUGGUCUCUGAGUUUUUUCCAGACCUUUUAUCUUAUAUAUAUUAAUAUAUUACUUUUUCCAAAAGUUGCUUGUAUUUAUAAAUGUUUUUGAAAUGUUAUGUGUUAAUGUCUACAAUAAUUAUAAUUACAUUAAGCAAAAAUACAUGUGAAUCUCAUCUAAACAAGAAAAAAGAUUGAUGUUUCAUGCUGGUAUGUGUUAAGAAAUAUAGUCUGAUUAUGCUACAGUAGUCCAGUCAGUCCAGAGUUGAAAGUAUGGUAUUAUUUACAGUGAUGUUUAAUGAUAUAAUGAGGAAAUAGUUUGACGAAUUACUGACUUAAAUUGUUGGUUAAGAUUGGUAAAGUAUCCCUCAAAAGUAAAUAGUCGCUCACGUUUUAUGUGAUUGACAUGGUUGUCAUGGUAACUGGCCUCUAGCUCUUCAUACUAAUGAGUGACUUGAAAAAAAAAAUCACGAGCACUGAAUUCUGAAGUGCAUUGGUGAAGAACCCCAGCAGGGGGCGCCCUAGAACUGCAGCUGCUUAGCCGGUGAGUAUUGUGAUCUGUAUUCGAGUUUUUGUUGUUAUUUUUUAAAUAAACAUUUUGAAUACAGGAGAUCUUUGUUUUUUCUUCUUAGAUUCUUAGGUCUCAUUUGACCAUAUGCUUCCUUGAAGGGAUGCUGCCGACCGCGGCGACCAUGUUGCUCCAGGCAAGUUGUCGUCCUCAGUUGACCAGCCAAGAAAAAUCAAGGGAAUUUGAUAGAGUGGACAAUAUUAUAUACAUAUACAAUGGUGCCAAGAGAUACAAGUGACUUAUGAAAGAAUUUUGGCCAAUUGUUUGAUUUUGCUACAGUCUGGGAGAUUGUGAACAAUUUUAAAAAGAAGACGAUCACGCUUUUUUGUUUUGUUUGCUAAACACAAAACAAAGAGAAUUACACCUUGCGUAUUUAAAACAACCUCAUGACUUUGCCCUCGUAAACCCCAUUUAGCUCAAUGUUAACAAACAAUGCAAAACACAAUACGCCGGCGAACACGUCGAGAGACAAUAUAACUAAACUGACAUGUAUUCUUUAUCCUCUGCAAAGAAUGAUUCAUAUUACUGUGGCUUACUGAGGAGCGACUGUGUCCGUGUAUAUCUGUAACUUUAUAUUAUGCUGCUCCCAGGUGGCCAAGGGGCACAUACCAGAAGGAGCAGCACGAUGGCAGUUGAAAUGAAACAAAAAGAAUUGUGUACGGGUGGCUGUAACGGAUUGAAAUUUCUUUCUGUUAAGUUUUUGAGAACAACUAAAAUAGUGUCAGGGAGCGAUUCGAACAGAGCAAGGUUUCGUCUUUUAUUUCCCAUCAUGCACCAGGUGGGCUGUGAUUGGCCGGUGAAGGCUUUCCCUCUCCCUUGCCUGUUCUCGUGCAUCAUCGUCAUGGCAACGGGGCCGCUCCUCCACACCCACGCCGAUCACCCCGAUUCUCUCACUGUGGCGCGAGCGAGCAAGGCAAAAAAAGAGAGAAAGAGAGAUGUGUUUUCAAUCCCACGCGUUGGAGUGGGAGAUAACGUGCGCAUGCUCACGUGUGUGUGUGUGUGUGUGUGUGUGUGUGUGUGCGUGCGUGCGGGUGUGUGUGUGUGUGUGCGUGGGCUGAAGCGACCAGCCUUCCACUCGUCCUGCUUCUUCCUCUCUCCUCUUCAUCUUCUCGUCUCCAGAUUCUCUUCCUCCUGCUCCUCUUCCUCCAUCAUCAUCCUCUUCUUUUUUUUCCCAUCAGUCAUCAGGAUGGAGAACAAGUCGCUGCGCUGCUGGGAUGGGCCGACCAGCUCCCACAAUACCGUCUGAAGGUCUCCCCGCCGCCAUUCACCUGAGGCGCCCCGACCAGAUCCCGGACUUCGAGGCCGCCGAGCGUCCUCCUCCGAGUGGACCGGAUCGGACACGGAUCGGAAGCCUGAAGCUGUAACGCCGUCGGGCUCGGGAUCAGAUCGCUCGUUGGAAAAGUUUGAUGGGAGUGCUGCCAAAAGCCACAUGCCUCUGAGUCCGGCUGCUGACACCAAACAUGAUCGCCCACGCCAACAGGCGGUUACUAACGGCAACCCGACAGGCUCUACCGUUGCCCGGGACGCCGCCGCCGAGGACACGCCCUCUGGAAACAGCAUCGUGGUCCGCAUCGGCAUCCCGGACCUGCAGCAGACGGUAACACACACGCUAGCUAGCACACUUUUGUCCGCCGGCCGGCCGGAGGAGGAGGAAGUGACGGGAAUGCAAAGUGAAGAAGUGUCCCAUCGAACGUGUCCGUGUGUCCGUCUCUGGCUCUCUCAGAAGUGUUUGCGCCUGGACCCAGAGUUACCCGUUUGGACCAGUAAGCAGAGGGUUCUGGUCACCUUGACUCAGUCUCUCUCGGAUGUUUUGAACUAUGGUCUCUUCCAGCCGGCGUUCAACGGCCGAGCUGGCAAGUUUCUGGACGAGGAGCGACUUUUGAAAGAGUACCCUCUCCCCCCCAUCACGCCCAUCCCAUAUCUGGAGUUUCGUUACAAACGCAGAAUUUACACGCAGAGUUACGUAGACGACAAGCAGCUGGCCAAGCUGCACACCAAAGCCAACCUGAAGCGCUUCAUGGAACAUGUCCACCAGAAGAAUGUGGAGAAGGUUUCCAAAUGGCUGGAAAAAGGUCUCGAUCCCAACUUCCACGACUCGGACAGCGGCGAGUGCCCUCUGACCCUGGCCGUCCAGUUGGAGGAGAGCUGCGAGCUCAUCAAAGUUCUCCGCAGCGGUGGCGCUCACCUGGACUUCCGCACCAGGGAUGGUAUCACCGCUCUGCAUCGGGCCGUCAUGUGCCGCAACAGCGCCGCUCUCACGACCCUGCUGGACCUGGGAGCUUCUCCGGGCUACAAGGACAGCAGGGGGCUGACUCCCCUCUACCACUCUGCCAUGGUGGGUGGCGCCCCCUACUGCUGCGAGCUGCUACUGCAGGACCACGCCACAUUAGGCAUGACUGACGAGAACGGAUGGCAGGAAAUCCACCAGGCGUGUCGCCAUGGAAACGUGCAGCACUUAGAGCACCUGCUGUUCUACGGCGCUGACAUGAGCUCCCAGAAUGCAUCGGGAAACACGGCGCUGCACCUCUGCGCUCUCUACAAUCAGGACAGUUGUGCCAGAGUGUUGCUCUUCCGAGGAGCCAACAAGGACAUCAAGAACUACAACAACCAGACUGCCUUUCAGGUCGCCAUCAUCGCCGGGAACUUUGAUUUGGCAGAAAUCAUCAAGAUCCACAAAAGUUCUGACGUUGUAGUUCCCUUCCGAGAAUCUCCGUCGUACACCAAGCGCCGCCGCCUGGGAACCAUCAGGUCCCCGGCAGGAAACGGUCUGUCGUCACCGCGCUCUCUGAUUCGCUCGGUCAGCGACAACACCCUGGAAAGCCCCGCCUCCUCCCCCGGUCCGUCCAUGCAAAGCCUGGAAGCGCACCUGGACACGCACACGCACUCGCUACGCCGACACGCGCGCCGACUCAGUCCGAGUGGCGGUCAUGUGGAGAACAGCCCCCCGUCCUCGCCCCCCCUCACUCCACAGUUGAGGAAGAAGAGGCUGUACAGCGCCGUGCCUGGACGCACCUUCAUCGCCACGCGUUCCCAUGUACCCCAGGGUUCCGGAGAGAUCCAGCUGCACCGCGGCGAGAGGGUGAAAGUUCUGUCCAUCGGCGAAGGCGGAUUCUGGGAAGGAAACGUCAAAGGAAGAACUGGCUGGUUUCCUGCCGACUGCGUUGAAGAAGUUCAGAUGAGACACUACGACCCCCGACUGGAGACUAGGGAGGACCGCACCAAGAGACUGUUCAGACAUUACACGGUGGGAUCGUACGACAACUACACCUCCUACAGCGACUACGUGAUCGAGGAGAAGAUGGCCGUGCUGCAGAAGAGAGAGAGCGAAGGAUUCGGCUUUGUCCUGCGGGGAGCCAAAGCUGAGACCCCCAUCGAGGAGUUCGCCCCCACACCGGCGUUCCCCGCAUUGCAGUACCUGGAGUCUGUUGACCAGGGCGGCGUGGCCUGGAGAGCGGGUCUACGCACCGGGGACUUCCUCAUCGAGGUGAACGGCGCCGACGUGGUGAAGGUUGGCCAUCGCCAGGUGGUGGCACUCAUCCGGCAGGGCGGCAGCCGCCUGCUGAUGAAGGUCGUGUCCGUUUCCCGCAAGUCGGACGCCAAUCUUAUCAGGAAGAAAGCCCCUCCUCCUCCCAAGAGAGCCCCCAGUACUUCGUUGACACUACGAUCCAAGUCCAUGACUGCUGACCUGGAGGACAUCGCCAGGAGGAGGCGCUUUGAGAAACUGGACGACAUGUUGGCGGGGAACACACAGGAAGUGGUUCUGCGGUCCCGGCCCUCCGACGACUUCAGGGCGGCCACGGUAAAGCAGAGGCCCACCAGCCGGAGAAUCACUCAGGCCGAGAUAAAUUCAUUGUUUGAGCGUCAGGGUCUGGUUCCGCCGUCGGGCCCAGAGAAAAGCACCAUGGCGCUUCCCAGAGGAAUGUCCAGAACCAAAAGUUUUGGCACCCCUGAGGACGAUCGCAUCUCAGCUCUGAUCCACGAAAGUCGCUUUCCUCGGAGCUCCUCUCUGACUGACAGCUUCAUCCCGCCGCCUCCCCAGACGGCGCCGCCCCCUCCUCCGUCCCCGCUCUUCCUCCUGGACUCGGGGCCUCCUCCCUCCUUCCUUCCCCCUCCUCCCCCCGCCAGAGGGGAGGGACUGACCCGGUCCAGCUUCAAACCGGGGUCCGAGCCCAGGCUUCAGGAGCUGUCGGAAACGCCGUCCAGGAGCCACGCUGAGCGUCAGAGAAAGGCGCGCUCCAUGAUCAUCCUGCAGGAUACGCCGCCUCAGCUGCAGCCAGAGAUGCACUCCGCCGCCAUGCAUGUAUCCUCCUCGCACACCUCCACGCUGUCUCUCCACACUGGCGCCCUCGGACACUCGCCGCUGUCACGCCGCCGAGGACGACCCAUCGAAAACCCUUACGCCAAUGUGGGACAGCAGGCCCCCCCAGCCAAACCUCAGAGGAGGAAGUCGCCUCUCCUCAAACAACUUCCUGUGGAGGAGCAAGGCCUCAGAGACCAGGAUGCAAAGUCGGAGACGAGUGCCCCCGGUAGCCCCAGCAGGGCAGAGCUCUACCAGCAGCAGGUUCUGUCUGAGCGCGCUCGCGUCCACGGCCGCCGCUCCUCCCUCUUUUUGUCCGUAGAGGGCGCCAUUUCCGACAACCAAGCGCCUCCUCUCCUGACUCAGAGUCAUUCCAUGGACGACCUGGGCGAGCUUCCUCCUCCUGCGCCAGUCCUUUCACCCUCACCCACCCCGCACACCUUCCUGCACCCGCUCACCGGCAAGCCUCUCGAUCCUUCGUCUCCGCUCGCCCUGGCUCUGGCCGCACGAGAACGAGCGCUCACCGCCCGCACGCCGAGCCCCGAGCCACGAACCAAACACGCCUCGGCUUCCACCACGCCCAUCCCCACCCCGGCCGCCAGCCCGGAGGGUCGCCAUAAGCGCACCCCCGUCCCCACCCCGCAGAGCAGCCCCGAACCUCGCUCCAAGCGCACCACCCCACAGACCAGCCCUGAGCAGCGAAGCAAGCGCACCACCCCUCAGAGCAGCCCUGAGCUCCGGCACAAGCGCAUAACUCCGCCUCUCUUCCCUGACGGACAGGUGGAGCGUCCCGAAGCUGAGGGCGGCGUUACGUCCCCCGCGGGGCCCUCCCCUGAACGCUGGAGGCCCGUCCCACUGGCCAACCUGGCCAAUGAGAGCCACUCGGCUGUGAUUGACAGGCGUAGAAGUCUGACUAUUGGGAGCUCAGAGGAAGAAGGCGGUGCCUAUACAGUGACCCUCCCACCCGCGUUAUUGUCAUCCAGUGACGAGGAGACAAGGGAAGAGCUACGGCGCAUCGGUCUGGUGACACCGCCUCCUGGUUUCGCCGCCCCUCCGUCCCCCCUCUCUCUGACCCCACGUCGUGGCGGUGAGGGCGACACAGGGGAUGAUGACAAGGAGCCUCGUGAUGGCUCGCUGCCUCCCUCCAUCACCUUGGCGUCGCCCCCCGCCCCGCCGUCGCCCUCCUCGCCACCCGCCGGCCACCCCUCCUCGGCCCUCAAACCCCGUCUCCGCUCGCCCAUUGGCCGUGGCCGCUCGGCCCUCAGGGACCCUCUGCUCAAGCAGUCUUCUGACAGCGAGCUGCUCCCAUCCUCGCCCGCCUCCGCGGCCGCUGCCCGCCAGCCGCGGUACCUCUUCCAACGGCGCUCCAAGCUGUGGGGAGGCGGCGGCGACGAGGAGGGCCGGCCCGCGGCGCUGGGCGGCCAAGGGUCAGCCUCGGCCCUGGAGUUGAGCGGCAAGGCCGAGUCGGGCCUGGACCUCGCCAACAGACUCCACCUCCUCAACAAAGAUAGCCACUCCCUGGGGGAGGAGCCCAGCCCCCUUGACCCUGGACGCAGGUCCCCAGUAGGUGGGGCCAGAUGUGUGGAGAGUGGAGAGAGCAAAUCGUUGUUCUCCAGUCUGGGCGAGCUGCACACCAUCUCCCAGCGAGGAUACGGCACCACCUACACGGUCCGACCGGGAAGUCGCUACCCCGUCACCCGCCGCAGCCCCUCCCCCUCCCCGUCUCCCUCCCCCUCCGAUAGGCCGUCGGGCCUGGGCUCCUCCCCCUCCCCCUGCUCCGAGCGCCCGGACCUGAGCUCGGGCCGCGCCCUGACCAUCCUGAAAUCGUCCAGCCUCAGCCUGCCGUCGGAGCCCAAGGAGGUCCGCUUCGUCAUGCGCAGCGCCAGCGCUCGAACCCGCUCCCGCUCGCCCUCGCCCUCCCCUCACGCCUCCCCGUGCCCAUCGCCGGUCCUCAGUGGCCCCCUGCUGGCGCUCAGACCCUGGAGGCAGCGCCCGCUCAGCUUGUGGAACAAGUACGACGUGGGCGACUGGCUGGAGAGCGUCGGGCUGGCCGAGCAUCGCCAGCGCUUCCAGGAUCACGAGAUCGAAGGCUCGCACCUGCCCGCCCUCACCAAGGACGACUACGUGGAGCUGGGCGUCACCCGGCUGGGCCACCGCAUCAACAUCGAGCGUGCCCUCAGACAACUAUUGGACGCUGCCACUUGACCACU